GAACAUUUGGAAUUGGUUCAUGCGGAACAUAGCAAAACAGAUGAAGUUUCAGUCACUGCUCUUGGUUUCCCGGACAAUGAAACUGCAGCUUUCUGGGUCGGAACCGAGGAGGGUAAUGUUUAUCAAGCUAACCGAUAUGGACGGGCUGGCGGCAAAGCCGGUAUUAAUCCAUACGAUUUUUACAAAGGACAUUGGGGUCCAAUUACCGGUCUUCAUUUUCACCCCCUGUUUGGUCCGGUUGAUUUUUCGGAUUUGUUUUUGACUUCUUCUGUAGAUUGGACUGUAAAACUAUGGAGAGCCAAAUCCAUUUCAAAACCAUCAACUUCUUUGCAAAAUAUUGCUCCAUUAUAUUCUUUUGAAGGAGCUGACGAUUAUGUGUAUGACGUCAAAUGGUCGCCUAGUCAUCCAGCACUUUUUGCAUCAGUAGAUGGCACGGGUAAAUUUGCUUUGUGGAAUCUGAAUGUUGAUGCCGAGGUUGGUCAAGGUAGGGCAUUGAACAAGAUUCAAUGGGAUAAAGAAGGACGCAAGACAGCAAUUGGAUCUUCGGAUGGUAGAGUUCACAUUUAUGACAUAGGAGAGUUGUCUCAACCGAGGAACGACGAAUGGAAUAUUAUGCAGAAAACCAUAUCAGAAAUGAUCGACACCACGGAAA